AUGUCCUCCAGCUCCCCGCCGGGCGAGCCGAAGAGCCGCAGCCUGGGCCGGCUGUCGCUGCCCAGGAGGGGCAGCAUGACGCCCGGCAAGAAGCCGUCGGCGCUGGAGCUGGCCGAGAGCACCCCGAACGCCCACUACGCCCCGCUGUCCGCGGCGCAGGGCGGGCAGGCUCCGCCGGGCUGCGGCACCGAGCCGGUGCGGGAGCGGGCACCGCGCCUGCGGAGCGAGGUGGUGAUGGUGAGCGCCGACUGCCCGCGGCCCCCCGUCAGCCUGGACCCCCGCGUCUCCAUCUACAGCCUCCGCAAGCCCCUACUGAGCCGCAGCAGCGUCCAGGGCAGGGUCUACAACUUCUUGGAGCGACCCACGGGCUGGAAGUGCUUCGUGUACCACUUCACCGUCUUCCUUAUUGUGCUGAUAUGCCUUAUCUUCAGUGUGCUUUCUACAAUUGAACAGUAUGCAGCUCUUGCUACAGGGACGUUAUUUUGGAUGGAAAUUGUGUUAGUGGUAUUCUUUGGGACGGAGUAUGUGGUUCGGCUAUGGUCAGCGGGAUGCCGCAGUAAAUACGUUGGAAUAUGGGGAAGGCUUCGUUUUGCUAGGAAACCUAUUUCAAUCAUUGAUUUAAUUGUUGUUGUUGCUUCCAUGAUAGUUCUUUGUGUGGGCUCUAAAGGUCAAGUCUUUGCAACCUCAGCUAUCAGGGGCAUCCGUUUUCUGCAGAUUUUACGAAUGCUGCAUGUUGAUCGUCAGGGGGGCACGUGGAGGCUGCUGGGAUCAGUGGUGUUCAUACACAGACAGGAACUGAUAACCACUCUCUACAUUGGAUUUCUGGGCCUGAUUUUUUCCUCUUAUUUUGUGUACCUGGCCGAGAAAGAUGCUGUAAACGAUUCUGGAGAAACAGAGUUUGGCAGCUAUGCAGAUGCCCUGUGGUGGGGAGUAGUGACUGUUACAACUAUUGGCUAUGGAGAUAAAGUACCUCAGACUUGGAUAGGAAAGACUAUUGCAUCUUGUUUUUCAGUAUUUGCAAUUUCAUUUUUUGCACUACCUGCGGGAAUUCUUGGUUCAGGCUUUGCCCUAAAGGUUCAACAGAAACAAAGACAGAAGCAUUUCAACCGUCAAAUUCCAGCUGCUGCCUCACUCAUACAGACUGCAUGGAGAUGCUACGCUGCAGAAAACCCAGACUCUUCUACAUGGAAAAUAUACAUUCGAAAACCUGCCAGGAAUUACCAUUUGCUGUCACCCAGUCCAAAACCAAAGAAAUCAGUGAUGGUUAAAAAGAAGAAAUUUAAGUUAGACAAGGACAAUGGACCUUCUUCUCCAGAUAGGAUGUUGACUAUACCACACAUCACUUAUGACCACGUGGCGGAGGACAGGAAACCUCAUUUCAAUUUUGAAGCAUAUGAAAAUUCUGGACAAACAGGAAUGUUAAAAUUGCUUGAUUGUCAGCGCUCCUGGCCAUCCUUUUCCGCAGACCAGCAGUCUUCCAGUGCUCCUUCCUCACCAGUGAAAAAAAACCCAGCGUUUUUAGAUGUGAACACAGGACCCUUCAUCAGGACCAGCAGCUUUGCCGAUGAGCUUGACCUGGAGGGUGAGACACUGCUGACCCCAAUAACUCACAUCUCACAGCUGCGGGAACACCACCGCGCUGCAAUUAAGGUGAUUCGUAGGAUGCAGUACUUUGUGGCAAAGAAAAAGUUUCAGCAAGCCAGAAAGCCCUAUGAUGUCCGAGAUGUUAUUGAGCAGUAUUCGCAGGGUCACCUCAACCUGAUGGUGCGAAUCAAGGAGUUACAGAGGAGGUUGGACCAGUCCAUAGGGAAGCCGUCUCUUUUUAUCUCUGUCUCAGAGAAAAGCAAAGAUCGAGGAAAUAACACCAUUGGUGCCAGGCUGAACAGAGUGGAGGACAAGGUUACACAAAUGGACCAGAAACUGAACCUCAUUACGGAUAUGUUGCAUCAUCUGGUUUCCCGUCAGCAGGGGGAUCAAGGGAACAGCAGAUCAUCUCAGAGAGGCAACAGCGUCAACUCGGAUCUCUUCCUCCCUAACAACACUCUGCCGACCUACGAGCAACUGACAGUACCAAGAAGAAAUGACGAUGACAUAUCCUGAUGUGGUACAAGUCUGGGCUGGGUUCUUUCUGCCCUUCUCCUUUAAAUGGGACUGAAUGUUGAGAACCUGGAAGAAAUUAAGCCCAUCAGACAACCAAGAAAGCACGUGACUACUGCAUCUCUACCGAUAGUCUCAAAUAUGCUCCUCUAAAGUUGCUCAUAGUAGCCAAAGGAUUGCCAGGCUUUCUUCCACCAGGGAAAACUUCUGGAAGCUCUACCUUGAUUUUGCUCAUGUAUAAAUGAUCACAACUUGUUCUUUCUCAGAAAGACCAAAAUGAUGUCAAGACAGGCAAAAUGGCGAGGAUUUAGAGCUCCUUCAAUAAUAAUAAUAAUGAUAGUAAUAAUAAUAUUCUAAUAAUACUUGAACUUAGGUGGAAAAAGUGCAUUCUGUUUAUGAAUCUGCAGAUAGCAAUAUAUUUCUACUACUAAGGUUUUUAAAACAAACUAGGAUAACUUAUGUUGUUUUUAUUGUAUAAACAUACACUAACAUUCUAGACAAUAACAAACCACAUACUGAAUGAUUUUCUUUUUCUGUUUUAUUUCAAUGUUACUACAUAAACAGUUAUGAGAUAAUGACUAGAUUUUUUAAAUCUGUUUUUCUUCAGGGAGGAACUAAUCCUUAAUCUGGAACAGUACUAUUUAUAGUGGAAAGUGAUAUAGAUUUUCUAAGAUAUCAGUUUUUCGUGGGGAGACAAUAAAGUAUUACACAGCAAAAAAUUAUUCUGCUCUCUAGAAAAUUGUUGCCAAAGAAUUUAUAUAUAAAUAAAAAACACAGUGGUCUGAAUGUACUUGUCCUGACAUAGCAUUUUAAAAAGAAGGCCUGCUACUUCUUAAAUCUACUGGUUUUUAACUUACAGAGGCCAAGAAUAAUACAAGAGGCUGAAGUGACUGGACUUCGCUGGUCAAGUGCUUGAGCUGGCCACUUACAGAACAUCCACAAUCCUCUCAGGAAUCGAGGCCCCAGUUCAGGGAAGCAUCUCUCCUCCACACAACGUAUAUGACAAUUUGAAUGGUUUCCUGAAUAAUGUCUUGAGAAAUCCAACUCCCUACAAGAGUCAUUUGGUGUUGAAAAGUGCCAGCUCUUUAUUUAGAGAACCAAGGGCCUCACCUACAACCCGUGGUGCUGAACCACAUUACCCCACACGCAACGAAAUCAACAUUUCAUUGAGCUGCAGUGAAACCAACGGUGUUGGCUCAGGGUGAUUUUUCACGUACACGACGUGAGCAGGAGUGGGGCUGUGGUUACUAAGGUUGAAAUUCAUCCCUUUCAGAGAGUCAGCACCUGAAUCAUAGCAGCCCUUCUUUGAACAUGAAACAUUUAAAGCAACAGAGUGUCAGGAAAAGCUGUUUAGUCCAAUGCGGUGGUGGUGGUAGCUCAUACUGCUGGCAAAUAGGGAGAAAUGCAGACAGAUAUAUCAGCCCUCAUACUUUGAGCAUCAUAUACAUCCAGUACACCCUGUUCCUCUCACUGCAGAGCCUGUACUCCACAGUGGUGUCUCUCCCCCUCUCCCUCUGCCCUAAAGCCUCAUAACUUGGAACAGCAGUUAACAUUACCAGUCUGUAAUAUCUUUGAGCAUCUGAAAUACUGACACAUAAUGAAUGAGAUCACAGGGAACCUUCUCACACUCUCAGAAUGUGCUGCUCACAUUCUGGGCUUUCUUUUCAACAUUUCAUCUCUUUCACUUGGACUGCAGAGAAAGUAUCCUGUAUUUAACUUUACAGAUUCUGUUACAAUUAUCCAGCCUCACAGUUGUUCAGUAGAUAAAUGUUAAGGGUGUGGAAAUUUACAGGCAUAAAGAGGAAUUGUAUCUGGGCAUUAAGUUUUCAUAGAAAUCAAAAUUAUUCUCGUGAUUUUGAACACUUUUUUAAAUGAGAUUCACUAUGUAAUUUCAGGUUAUCAAUCAGCCUGUUAAUUUCCUAAUAAAAUCCAGGACAAGAGUA